AUGGUAACAUCAACGCUAGUAAACCAACAAUUACUAGAUUUAGUUAGUAAUUUAUUAAACCCGAUACCACAAUAUGUAUUAGGCAGCCUACCAGCUAUAGCAACCAUCGGAGCAGCACCUAUGGAGGAUUUUUUUCAAAAAAUAAUGUGGUUAUUCCGAUGUCUUGGUUCUCCAUUUAUAGGAUUAUUUUAUACAUGUAACAUACCGAGCGACAGUACAUUUAUAUUCUGGCUCCCAAAACGUUAUUUUAGAAAGGUAGAAAGAGAUGGUGAAGGCAAAACUAUAAAUAAUAUCCCGUACAGACCUGUUGGACAUCAUGCCUUGUUGUUAGUUCUGCCCGAGUUCAACCAGAGAUUCGGUGAUGAACUCCAAGAAAAUGCACGCGUGCUACAAGGAUUGGAUGAAUGCGUAGCAAACGCCUCCGUGUUGGAGCGAUUCUCGUCGUUAGUGGCGGC